CACGCGCACUGUGCUGUGUUUUGCGCGUGUCGAUCGCAUGGCCGUGCCCAUGCCAGGAUCGACCAGGUGCGGACGUAGAUUCUACGACUCGGGAGUUUACACUUACAGAAUACAGGGCCCUGGAGCUGUGCAGCAUGCAGUUCAGCUAGGCAGGCAGCAGCAGCUGAGCGAAGCUAGCUGUACUUUUUUCGUUCAACCGAGUCUGCGUUGUGUUUUUGGGCCCGUUGGCGUUGCGCUUUCAUUCUGGUCAAUAUUUACGUGGCUUUCAUCUGAGUUUGUAGCUAGGUCUUCGUCUCUUGGAGGCGACCGUUUCUGGAAUGUUGCCGUACGAGCAGAUUUACCGGAUCUGAGUUUGAACGGAGAGAACCAAAGGGCAGGAGUAGCCUGCACGACUUACCACAAACGCAGCCGCUGGAGUGAAGCCAGUCGCGCUGCCCCCGGCACUCUGUCGACCAACGGUUCCUAUGCGAUGAACCCAUUCCAAUCGCUGAUGCCGUCAUCCAGUGGUUACUCAUCAGUGUCGGGAAUGUCCGAGUCGGCGUCCAGCUUUCUUCACUAUGGCGACGUCACGUCGCUGUUUGCCGAGGGCCCAGUGCAGGGCUUCAUCAGCACACUCGGUCUCGUCGACGACAGAUGUGUUGUGCAGCCAGAGGCCGGCAACCUGGUCAACCCACCAUCGAAGUUCAGAGACUGCCUGUUCAAGAUUGUGCCCAUGUACCGCUACGCGGCACGCAAGCAGUUCAAGGAGGCUGGCAAGCGUGAUACGUGGAACAUCCCGGAUGUCAUGCUCGUCAACCGCCUCAAGGAGGCCGUGGAACACGAACAACGUCAGAACGAGGAAGAGCAGCGCAAGAGCCUCGGUGAGGUGGUCACCUAUGGCAGCGUGGUGCAGCUACUUCAUUUGAAGAGCAACAAGUUCAUCGCCGUCAACAAGAAGAUGUGGGCGCAGAUGGAGAAGAAGGCCAUGCGUGUCUCGCUGGACACCUGGGGCAACGAGGGCUCCUGGUUCUACAUCCAGCCGUUCUACAAGCUCCGCUCUCCUGGCGACAACGUGGUGGUGGGCGACAAGGUCAUUCUCAUGUCCGUCAACGCCAGCCAGCCGCUCAACGUCAGCCAGAAGGAGCUCAGCGAUCACCAGGAAUGCAAGGAGGUGAACUGUUUGAAUGGAGAUACGAGUUGGAAGGUGUCUCUGUUUAUGGAUUAUCAUGAGAACCGGGACGAUGUGUUGAAAGGAGGUGACGUAGUGCGGCUGUUCCACUCCGAACAGGAAAAGUUCACAACGCUGGAUAACUAUAAAACCGAGCCUUGUGUGUUCCUGCGGACGUCCGGCCGCGCUAAGCCUACUGAUGCCACCAGCUCACUGGCACUGUGGGAAGUUGAGGUUGUGCACAUGGAUCGCUGCCGCGGAGGAGCGGCACGUUGGAACAGCUACUUCCGCUUCAAGCACCUUGCCACCGGCAUGUAUAUGGCAGCGGAGGUGGACCAUGACACGACGUUCGACUCGAACCGUGCCAAGCUACGCGGAGCCCCGAACAACCUCGUCUUCCACCUGGUGCCAAUCAACCAAGGCCAUGACGUCGCGUCCAUAUUCGAGCUGGACGGCACCGCGGUGCAGCGUGGUGAUCAAUACGUGCCAAAGGGAUCAUACGUGCGUCUCCGUCAUCUGUGCACAAACACGUGGGUGCAUUCCUGUUCCAUACCAAUCGACAAAGACAAGAAGGAGAAGCCUGUCAUGCAUAAGUUGGGUGCUGCAGCUCUGCGAGAUGACAAGGAGGCGUUUGCACUGGUUCCCGUCAGCACGCAGGAGAUCCGUGAUCUGGACUUUGCCAACGACGCAAGCCAAGUGCUCAAGAAGCUGGCUACACACAUGGAGAGAGGCAUUAUUACCAGUAGUGAGAAAAAGUCUGCUAUCAAGCUGUUAAGUGACAUCAUCUACUUUGUGAUGCGCAAGGAGAACACCGAGGGUGACGCGCUGCAAGUAACCGGCACGCCAAUCAGAGACAGGCAGAAGCUACUCAGAGAGCAGAAUGUCGUCGCCGAGAUAUUUCACAUGCUCGAUGCACCGUUCAAGAAGCCGGCUGACGGAGGCCAGCCAAUGGCCGAGCUCAGUAACCUAGGCGACAUGAAGCACGAGCAGCUGCGGACAAUCUGCCGCCUGUGCUACCGAGCCAUCAAGUUCUCGCAGCAGAACUAUCGCAAGAAUCAGGAGCACAUAGCCAACAAGAAGUUCCCGUUCAUGCAGAAGCAGAUUGGUUACGACAUCCUGGCGGAAGACACCGUCACGGCCAUGCUCAACAACAACCGCAAGCUGCUGGAGGACUACAUCCGCUCGGAGGACAUUGAGGUGUUUGUCAAGCUCGUCCGGCAGAAUCAGCAAGCCAGGUUUCUGAAGCACUUGUCUGACCUGUGCGUGUGCAACCAGCAAGCCAUUCCCACCGUCCAGGAGCUCAUCUGUCAGAAAGUCCUCCUGGACCCGGCCAGCAGCGAUAUCCUGAUGAGAACAUGGGAAGAAGAUGAUCUGGUAAUGGUGAUGUCGUGCUCCAAGCGUAAAUACACUCUACACGAACUGGUGGAGAUGGCGCGGCUGAACAGCAAGCCCGAGAAGGACGUCCUUGACUACUACCGAUGUCAGUUAGACCUGUACUCGCGUAUGUGUCUAGAUCGUCAAUACCUGGCAAUCAACAAGCUCAGCGCCGAGCUUGACAUCGAUCUCAUUCUCAAAUGUAUGGAGGACCAGCUACUACCGUUCGACCUUCGUGCAUCAUUCUGUCAGCUAAUGUUACACCUUCACUUGGACAGCUACCCACAGGAGAUUGUCAACCCGAUAGAACUGGCUCGCCUGUGGAACGACAUACCCCGGGAGGAGCUACGCCUGGAGAUGUACAUGAACAAGCCUGUGACGAGUUUCACUCCCGGUACCUCCGCUUUGUCUCGUGCGGGCAGUCAGGAAGCUCUGGACGGCGACCACCUGGCCUCGUCGCCGCUGCCCUACUCCGGAGCACCGCCGCCCUCCUUCGCCACCACCACCACUGGCAGCAGUAGCUCUGCCGACGUCUUCUCUUCCGGUGCUGGCAUGGCAACAGCUGCUGCUGCAUCGUCGUUGUCGGCGGCGGCGGCGACGACGACGGGAUCGGCUGCAGGCUUGGGAUCUGGGUCCGGCGGCUCCGGCUCCGGCUCGGACAAGCAGCAGGGCUCGCCGCAGUCGCCGAUCAAGGCCGCCGCGGCGAUGGCGGCUGCUACGGCGGCCGGACUGGGAACACCUCCGACGCUGAGGACCCACACGGCACACGGCUUCUUGGCAGCCGGCCCGGCUAUUCACCAGCACCUGUCCAAUCGCAUCAAGCGCAACAAGCUCUCCCAGCUCAUGGGCUUUGUGCACGUGUACCUGGCUGCUGCCGCUCGACAGGAGGAUGACGACGAUCCCGAUGGCGCCGCCUUAACGGUUAUGGCCACGUCGGCCCACCCGACCGCCCCUGCUGCCUCAUCGGCGGCGGCAGGAGGAGGCCAUCAAGCACCGGCGCCGGUCAACGAGGGUGACAAGAGCCAGCUGACAUAUCAGGUUGUCAAUCUGGCGCGGUACUUGAUUUUCUUUGGCUUCUACAAUUUCAAAGACUUACUCGCGCUGACAAGACAGUUGCUGCGCACGUUAGACGAUGGCAGCGAGGCUGUUGUCAUCUCUGAAGACGAGCCGGACAAGGGUAUGAAGAUUGAGCCAGGCAUUGCGGGCCAUGGUGGAGGUGACGGCUCUGGUUCACCGCACGUGGCCGACAUGGACACGAUGCUGAAGAUCAUCGAGAUCCUGCAGUUCAUCCUGGACGUGCGGCUGGACUUUCGCAUCUCGUCGCUGCUGGUGCAGUUCAAGAACGAGUUCAUCGCCGCGUAUGGCAACCCGACCGGCCAUGACAGCGUCGACGACGAGCAGGCAGCCUCUGCCGCUGCCGGCGCGUCGACGUCUUCUUUCGCCUCCAUGGCGAGUCCACCGGCCGCCAUGGGAACGCCGAGGCAGUCGCGCAGAGCCGCGUCGCUCGCCGUCGACCCCACCCAGCUGCCGGGAUUCAAACCGGAGAUGAAUCUGGAGCGGAUUUCCGAAGAGAUGAACAAGAUCUUCGGAAACGAAGGCUCGGGCAGUGCUGACAUUCUGGACUUGGAGAACGGGCGUAUAUUUGUGCGCGUUCUCUUGUACGUCUGCUGCUCCAAGCAUCCACCCCUGGUCUCCGGUGCGCUACGAUUGCUGUUCCGUCAGUUUCGGCAGCGAUCCGAGCUGCUAGAAGCUUACAGAUCAGUACAAUUGUUAGUGACUCGUAGUGACCAGGAUAACUAUCACUUGAUUCGACGCAACACCGACAAACUGCGCAAUCUGGUGGAGAAGUCCGAGCUCUGGAUCGACACCAAGCAGAAGGAGAGCGAGUCGUCCAAGAAAGCCAAGUCCAAGGCCAAGGCGGCGGUGACUGGUGGCAAACAGCCGGCUGAGGACUCAACGAGCGGUGAAUCCUCUAACAACUACACCAAAGUCAUGACAAUUCUAAAGGAGUUUAUCAACCUGCUAAGUCCAAAGGAAGAGAAAAUCAAGAACGAGCGCCAGCGUCUACUCUGCAACAUGGGCGUACAUACAGUUGUCAUCGAUUUACUGCAAGUCUCAUUUGACAAGAACGACACGAAGAUGCUUCGCAUUCUGGAACUAGCUCAUCAGUUCCUGCAGUGCUUUGUAGAAAACUGUAGCACCAACCAGACUCUGCUCUACAAACAUCUCGAGCUGUUCAUGAGUGGCACUGGAGACACACAACGGGAGGUGAACACACUGCGCCAGAUCUUCCUGAACAACCCGGAUCUUUGCAUGAAGGUGUCCGAUCAAGUGAUCCAGUACAUCCUGACGUGCAUCGGCAAGGAGCGUCAUGUCUGCUACCUGCAGUUUUUGCAGACCAUCGUCACCUCGGACGGCGCCAAGGUGCCGAUGCAGAAGCUGCAGAUACUAGUCAUGCAGGAGUUGGUGAACGCCGGCGACGACGUCCUGAUGUUCUACAACGAUCAGAUCUCCUUCCAGCGCAUGGUGCGCCUGAUGCAGAGCGAGGAUUGCCUGGCGGACCCGAACAGCGAGAUUAACUACCACAUGCAGCUGGUGCGCCUCAUGUGCCUGUGUACAGAGGGCAAGAACGAGUACACGGAGAUCAAGUGUCACAGCGUACUGCCGCUGGACGACAUUGUGCGUGUCGUCAGCGCUGCUAACUGCCUGCCAGAGGUGAAGAAAGUGUACAUAGAUUUCCUAACCCACUGCUACGUGGACACUGAGGUUGAGAUGAAGGAGAUCUUCACCAGACAGCACAUCUGGACGCUGUUCAGUGUCAUUGUGCUCGACAUGCAACAGCUGUGUAAGAAAGAGCCGGGUGCGAGGCCAGGGAGGCAGAAGCCGGACAUGAAUCUUGUCAGCUAUCUCUCCGGUGCCGUCAUGACCCUGAUUUUCAUGUUCUUCAGCUCCACCUUUCUGGACAGCAGUACGAUAUCGUCUCGGCAAGCGGAUGUCAUCCGCCUACUGGAGGGCUGCACGGCAAUCUACUACUUGUGUGAGGCGCACUCGAUCACUGAGGCCAAGUCCAGCAUCCGCGAGACCAUUCAGAAACUCUACGACAUCGCUCAGAAUCGCAUUCACGACAUUGCCAUCUCGUCCGAGUUGGACGACCAGGUGCGCAACAUACUAUCCAGCCAGCGUACGUCCCGGGCUGCAAAUAAGUGGUUGAAGCACUACUCCAAGAACAAGUCCACGCAGAAGCCGACUGGCUCGGCCGGCUCCAUCAUUGACGCAUUCCAGGAUCUGCUGCGCAAGUUUGACGAGAUCAUUCAGCCGCUAGUGGCCAGCGAGAUGUCUGUGUUGGUGGACGUCUUCCACCGGCCCGGCCUGCUCUUCCCUAAGGGUAGCCGCGGUGUCGAGUGGAUUCGAAACGGAGGAUUUCUGCGCAGGUUGAUCUCGCACACCGAACGUUGUGAUGAGCGUCUGUGCAUCGAUAUCCUGGGUAUACUGCAGCAGAUGUUGGACAAGCAGACGGCCGCCUUCGACGAAGACAUGGCAAAGUCGCUGCGGGUACAGCUGCUAGAGCGCUACUUCGACAGUCCUUCACCGGCGGACGAGAAGCACCUGCAGAGGAGUCGCUUCACGCUGCAGAACUUGAUCACGUUUAGGUUUCGUACCGCCUAUCCCGAGCAGGCUGCCUCUGCGUCCAAGCAGUCGCGCGAAGGUUCCGGAGCAGUUUCCAAACUGGACAAGCGACGGAAUCUGCUAUCGCGCAUGAUGAGUGUACCACGUGUCCACGGCUCUGUGCAUGGGAUCGAGCAAGCCAAGGGAGAGGCCAAGCACAGCAUUACGUUUGAUGAUAUCGAGAACAACGAGAUCAUACUCAUCCGCCCGCUGCUGCCCAAACCCGACCUACAAUGUCUGCUAGACCAGGCCCACGCCACCGAGACUGUCAUACAGCUGAUGAUGGCCUCACAGGGUGGUGACCUGUUCAUGGAAUGUGUGCGCCUAGCCAUACAGCUGCUCGACGGCGGAAAUCGACCUGUCCAGAACUCCUUCUACAACUGCUUCAUGCAAGGUGGCACGGACAAGUUCUUCAAGGCCAUCCACGAUCGCAUGCAGGAAGCGGAGAAGGAGCUGAAAGGAAGCUACUCGGUCACGACCGGAGGAGCAGUGCGGCCUCAUCAGGUAGUAGGUGGUGGUGCGCCAGGUGGUGAUGCUGCCGCUGGUGGUCCUGGAACAGCACCGACGAUACAGGUGGCACCGCCGUCUACACCCGCAGUCACACCUGCGGGCCAGCAGAGACCUCCCGGACUGCAACGCAGGCAGUCGAGAACCGAAAGCUCCACAAACCUGCUGAUCGCGCCGACAGGACAGGGUGCGGCCAGCGGUACCCUGGACAUUCUCAGCCUGCCUGCCAUUGCGCACAUGGAGGAUAUUCUCCGCUUCUUGCAGCUGCUCUGCGAGACACACAACGACCUGCUGCAGAAUUACCUUCGCAAGCAGGACAACGCUCGUCAGAACUACAACCUGGUCAGCAAGACGCUGCAGUUUCUCUACUAUGUGUGUGGUGGUGCGGCCGGUGGCAUGGGACUGCUGGGGCUGUACGUCAACAGCCGCAACGUGCCGCUCAUCAUCCAGUGCCUGAUCACGCUAACCGAGUACUGCCAGGGACCUUGUCACGCCAACCAGAAUGCCAUUGCGAAUCACGACAGCAACGGCAUCGACAUCAUCAUCGCUCUCAUGAUGAAUGAUAUUGACCCACUGCGAUCUCAGUUCCCCGAGCUUGAACUGGAGCUCAAGAACAACGCAGUCAAGUGCAUCUUAUCCAUCAUGGAGAGUCGACAGGACAGCACAAUGAUUGACCGCAUCAUCCAGCGCAUUCAACCGCUGGACAAGCUGGUCUCACUGUGCCAGUACGCGUACUCGAUUGGCGAUGUCAAGGAGAUGAAGAUGGACACGUCUCCGAUUGAAAUUGGCCACAACUUCUACAUCCUGGCUCAUCAGCUGGAGAAGAGUAGUAAGGAGUUGGCCACAAUCAUGCGUCGGGCUCUCAACGACCCGGAGGAACACAAAGGUCUGUACUUCUACCACCGACACACUGCCCAGAUUGAGAUCGUACGAGAAGAUCGCAAGCUUGAGACAAUCAUCUUCCCCGUGCCUCAGAUCUGUAACUUUCUUACGGAUGACAGCAAGGAGAAGGUACAGGCAUCCGUGGAGCCUGACAACCAAGGUAGCAAGGUGCCUGGGUUCGCAGACAGAAUACCCAAGCUGUACCAGGAAAUGGAGUGGCAAAGAGCGCUGAAAGAUACGCCAUAUCUGUUCAAGGUGUGCCAGAACGAGACCGUCUGGUCGGCAUGGUCCUUCAGACUCGCCGUCAUCAUCAAUGUCCUUGUCGCUCUCUACUACCCGUUUGGCGAUGAGAUUCCGUACAUGGGUUUCACGACGUAUCUGUCACCGCACCUCAUUCUUCUUUUCUCAUUGUUCAUUCUUGGAGUGACGAUCUACCAGUGCUACGUCAUAGCCAUCAAGACGCAUCAGCUGAGUCGCUACAUGGCCGGACUUAUCAUGCUGGAGGUCCUGGUAGCGUUUGGACCGUCGCUGACCAUACGUCUGCUUUCUACUAUACAGAUCAUGAAUCGGGCGAUCCUGUUCAUGAGUUACCUUGGCAACCAUGGCGCGUUCUUCAAGGACACCGACCUGUGCAUAGCGGAUGACUCGCAGCAGGCGGAUAGGAUGGCGCGACGCCGCAGGUCCUACUGGUCCUUCGACUUUGCCUACCACCUCGUCUACCUGCUCAUCUGUUUCCUGGGCCUGGUCGGUCACGUCUUCUUCUUCUCAUUUCUGCUGUUUGACAUCCUGACCAGGGAGGAGACGCUCUUCAACGUCAUACAGAGCGUCACCAAGAACGGACGGUCCAUUCUUCUCACCGCUAUACUGGCCCUCAUACUUAUUUAUAUGUUCUCACUGGUGGGUUACACCGUCUUCCAGGAGCAUUUCUCAAUGCCUGUGGAGUGUGCAAAGCGGAACCGCACCGUUGUCGAUGCCUUGAUGGGCAGUGUGUUCGGGAAGAAAAUGCCCGAUGAGCUUCUCUUCUACCCUUCGAGCAUAUCACCGCCUGUUCACCAGUCUAACGGUGUAUGCCACGCUAACGGCACAGGCUGCAAUGUCACCAACGCCACCCGGCCGAUAACCACCGAGAACUUGGCGCCCGUCGUCCCCGAACUGGAACUGGAGUGUUCGCCGACUGAGAACCGCUGUGACACGCUCUUCAUGUGCAUCAUCACCGUCCUGGACCAAGGUAUUCGGCACGGCGGAGGUGUCGGAGAGGUCUUGGCCUCGCUCUCCAGCAAUGACCCGCUGUUUCCGCUCCGUCUUAUCUACGACAUUCUCUUCUACUUCAUCAUCAUCAUUAUCGUCCUGAAUCUCAUCUUCGGAGUCAUCAUCGAUACGUUCGCUGACCUGCGUUCGCUGAAGCAGGAGAAAGAGCUAACUCUGCGGAACACCUGCUUUAUCUGUGGACUGGACCGCAAGUCGUUCGACAAUCGCGACGUGACGUUUGAGGAGCACACUGACCAGGAGCACCGUCCCUGGAACUACCUCUACUUUGUCGUCCUGCUGCGCACCAAAGACCCGACGGAGUUUACUGGACCAGAGAGUUACGUAGCCAACAUGAUUGAGCAAGGAGACUUGGAGUGGUUUCCGCGCCUGAAAACCCUGUCGCUUGCUACGACAGAGGAGGCGGACAACGAACCAGCCGCAUACGCCUCGCUGAACGAUCAACUACAGCAGACAACAGUCCUGGUCAAACAACUCAGCGAUCAGCUGAAUGAGUUGAAGGAGAAGAUGACUGAGCAGCGUAAGCAGUACCAGCGCAGUUUCAUGCUUCACGUUCCGCACGUCCAACAGCAGCACAACAUGUACCAGAACGACGGGGCCAACGAUGACCCAAUGUAGCACGCCACCGCACGCCACUGCACGGUCUGUAGUGACACACAGUCUGCUGUGCUCACGCUUCCUAUGCAAAGUACCUGCUGAUCUGGAGUUGGCGCUUCUCUUUCAAGUAUUCCGGACGUCCGCGUUUCCCGACCUAUCGGAGCAAUGCUCCCCCCGCCCGCUCGUUAUCGCUUGCUGUUCGCCUGCUGACGAUGCCGACCCAAGUUGGGUCUGCUGCCCGCCCUGGUCUGGCUGCUGGCCCACUCGCCCCGGUAGCGUGUGGCAAGACGCACGGCGACGACGCUGUGGAAUAGAUAGCAUGUGUGUGUGUGUGUGUGUGUGUGUGUGUGUGUGUGUGUGUGUGUGUGUGUGUGUGUGUAUGUGAGAACGUGUGUCUGCACGAGUAUUUACUUCAAAAAAAUUGUUUCCGUCGAGAGUUAAGGAAGUGGUGCUGUGCCAGGCACUUUUGUCAGCCGUAGUAACAAAACAACUCGUUGGUCACAGCCGAUCAUGCAACGCCGCAUAGCUGUGCUGCUGGGCUGUCUGACUGUGCAUUUCCCGACCAAUUCCCGCUGUAUCAUGCUCUUUCUCUGGUAGUUUUUUUAUGUUUGUGUUUGUGUAUGCAUGUACGUAUGUAUGCGUGUGUUUGUUUCUGUCAAAACCGUAUCUGGCCACAAGUGCAGGAGUACAAGAAGCACUGUACUGUACCGGACGCAUUGAUUUUUCCUACCUAAAACGUUUCAUAACGAUUUAUGAGUAUGAGUGCUGGCGGUAUUGCCCAGACAAACUGACUUCUUCUUCUUAUUCUUCUUGCCAGGCGUGUUGCUUUCUUCUCUUGCUGUAUGCACCCACCGUCCGUGGGCCUUUGACCCGUGAUGCUUGUUCCCCAUGCCCUCCCCUCCCCCAGUCCCACUGUUUCAUUUUUCCCAUGCUCUGCUUUAGCCCGUUGCUCCUCCAGGUGUAUUGCUGCCAUGAACAGCAUCGGGACAGUUUGACGACGCACUGCGAAGGUGCUGUAGACCGUGUGUGUGUGUGUGUGUGUGUGUGUGUGUGUGUGUGUGUGUGUGUGUGCGUGCGUGUGCAUGUGUGUGUGUGUGUGUGUGUGUGUGUGUGUGUUUGCUGGUUCUGUGAAAGCAUCCGCCGCCGACAUUCUCGUGUCCUAUUAUAUUCUCCUUCCCUUGCUUGUUGAUGCCAUUCGCACACAUACAUACACACAUGCGGACACACACACACAUCACACACGUAUGCGGGGUGUUCCCAGAGCUAGUUCUGUCCCCCCCCCCCCUCCCCCCACACACACCCACACACACACACACGGGGAACUCGCCAGCAAAGUUGAACCAAUCCGCCCGUGUAAUAACUAGUUACAUGACUGUCCGAGUGCACACGUACUCAAUGUUCUAUUCCUGUUUGCUGCUCUUCAACCUUUAAAUUUACUGCUGGUUUGUUUUGCUACUGUCCCAUACGUUCUCCACCUGAGCUAUAUGUCAUGAUGUUAUUCUAGUUUUGGUUUUUUGGUAUUUUUUGGUAUGUUAAAAAUGUAUCUAAGGUUAUCACAAGCUCUCCCCUGCUGUGUUAGGACACUGGAAUUCAAUAACUUUUCUCAUCCAGACAAACUCUGUUUCACUGAUUUAUUUGUCUACCUCGUAUACCGGUCUUCCUCAGCAUGAAUGAUUCUAGGCAGCCGGUGCAACAUCAGA